AUGAACUCGGACUUAACACGUUACUUCAACUCCCGGAGUAUUUAUCUUAACCCAACGUGGCUUUCUGAUACACUCUCUAACCUUUCUUCAUCCUCUUCGUCCUCUUCGUCUGCGACUACUCAUGUCUAUAAUGUCUUCCUUCGCACCCCGCUUCGUUUAUCCUCCAUUCCCUCUCUCCCACCGAAUACGACAGAUUUGCAUGAUAGCCGCAUUGCCGUAUCUAAACCGAUCGUUCUCGAGAUACUUGAUAUCAUGGAAGUGGGGAUAUCAUUACAAAGCAUAUUCGAUACGAUCUGCGCAUACCAAACCGGUUCUGUGAAGAAAGGAAAUAAAUAUAAGGAUAUUAGAGAGGAGAGAGAUAAACCGUGUGAUUUUCCAAGAAAGAUGUUGAAAUUUGUGUUGAGCGAUGGGCGACAGAUCGUGGAUGGGAUCGAGUAUAGACCGAUACAAGAAAUUAGUUUGAAUACGGUACUAGGCAUGAAGGGUAACUAUUGGAAACACGGAAGAGCUACAUUCUUUACUUGGUUAAAACCUACAUUCACCGCUAUUAUAUCAUUAAGAAUGACAGUUGAUCCAGAUAGUCAGGUACCACCCUCCUCGGCAGUUACAUCCUCUCCAAAACGACAAUCUCCAGUAUCCCACUUUGAGCCAACUCCUCCGUCACCAAUUCCACCAUCUUCGACUCGGCAUGCAGAUGGGACUGAUAAUUCGCAGAGUGCAUUCAUUUGUAUUGACGACGAAGAUGAUCUUAUAAUACGCGAUUGGGCUGAUUUUGAAACUUACGAUGACUGCUUCGAGCCAACUCCCCCGUCACCAAUUCCAUCAUAUUCGACUCAAAAUGUAGAUCAGAGUGAAAACUCGCAACAUGAAUUCAUUUAUAUUGACGACGAGGAUGAAUUUACGUGGGUUGGCUGA